CUGUAACUACGGCAAUCAUCUUGAGGAGUGCAGUGCAUUAGCACAGCUAAUGCUAGCUAGCUUACUAGCUAGCAACCUUUGCUCAGUGGGGCGGAAGCUCAACUACCCGUUGAGUGUAGCAAUGCCAAGCAACACGGUCGGAAACCUAAAAAGGAAAACACAUCAGCAGAAGGUACACAGAGGCGGAUCUACCAUACGUAGUGAAACUGUGGUAACGAGCUGCCUUGUGCCGUGGUUACAAACACAGGAGAAUGUUCUAGCUUGAAACGUUUUGCUAGCUAUCGAUAGGUGUUUUUUUCUUGUUUGUUAAAUAGUGAAAAGGAGCUUACUGGCAAGGAAAAACAAAGGGAAACAAAGCCCAAAGUCUAAUGUCAGGUGACGGUGGCUCGACUCGGAUCCAUACACUGCUAAACUAGUCACUUUGAGAGAUGUCAGCAGGCGACAAUCCUCACGUUCUACUGGGGAGGAUUCGGUUUCUGAACGAGUGCAUUGACAGCUUCAGGAACAGCGAACCCCUCCCCGAGUCGCUUUGCUUCGUUCCGAGGGAAGUAUGCUACAAAAUCUGCAAAGACUCGUCGUCCAACUCGAAUGUCUCAUCUUCGUCAUCUGGUAACUCAUCAGUUGGGAAGACUCUGAUUUCGGUUUGGGAGAGCCCCUCUCAAGCACAGCAGAGUAAGAAACUAUGCAAAUUUAACAUCGAACCAAAGAAGGGGACAUGUAUCCGGACUACAGGGGAAGAAUAUUGCAACAGUUAUGGCCUUUGGGUCAAAAUAAAUAAGGAGCAGCUGGAGGAGCACAGGAGCGGGCUGGAGGUUGAGGAGGCCUGGAUCCUGGUCUGCAAGCACACGGAGGGGGGCGACCGCCUGGUGCCCGUCGAGUCCCCCGAAACCGUGAGCAGGCAGCAGCAGCUCUUCGGCUACGACCACAAGCCCUGCACCAGGUGGGAACAGGUGGUGGACGCGGUGUACGCCCUCCGGCUGGGCUCCCGGCCCAAGAUCGCCCUGUCAGACGAGGCUGCCGUCCAGAAACUCCGGUAUGUUCCCCCCACGUGGACGUUCGAGUGUGACGAGGACCUGGUCCAUUACUUCUACGACCACAUCGGGAAGGAGGACGAGAACCUGGGCAGCGUCAAGCAGUGCGUGAUGAGCAUCGACGUUUCGUCCUGGUCGGAGGACCCCAGCAGCGGCGCCAACUGUCUGACGGACGGGGACACGGACACGUACUGGGAGAGCGACGGCAUGCAGGGCCAGCACUGGAUCCGUCUGCACAUGAAGAAGGGCACCGUGGUCAAGAAGCUGAUUUUGACGGUGGACUCUACAGACGAUAACUACAUGCCCAAAAGAGUGACGGUGUUCGGGGGAGAAGGAGACAACCUCAAGAAACUCAGUGAUGUCAACAUAGAUGAGAAUCUGAUUGGGGAGAUAUGUGUCCUGGAGGACAUGACAUCGCACUUGCCGAUCAUCGAGGUCCGGAUAGAGGAGUGUCGAGACGAGGGGAUCGACGUGCGGAUCCGGGGGCUGAAGAUCAAGUCGUCCUGCGAGCGGGACCUGGGCCUGAACGCUGACAUGUUCCAGUCGCCCAACCUGGUGCGCUACCCCCGGCUGGAGGGCACCCAGCCCGACGUGCUGUACCGCCGGGCGCUCGUCAUCCAGAGGUUCAUCUCACUGUUGGACAGCCUGCUGCCUCACCUGGUGCCAGCCUGGGACUUCAGCCUGGGCACCUUCAGCCAGAUCAAACACAUGAAGCAGUUCCUGCUGCUGUCCAAGCGCCGCUCCGCCCUCAUCACCCAGUGCCUGAAGGACUCCGAGACCAGCAAACCCAACCUCAUGCCCCGGCUCUACAUCAACCGCCGCCUGGCCAUGGAGCACCGAGACAAUCCCUCGCUGGACCCCACCUCCAAGACCGCCGUCUUCUCCCAGGUGUAUGAAGGUCUAAAGCCAUCCGAUAAAUUUGAGAAAACAUUGGAUUACAGAUGGCCAGCGCGCUAUGACCAGUGGUGGGAGUGUAAAUUCAUAGCAGAGGGAAUCAUUGACCAAGGGGGCGGGUUUCGGGACAGCCUUGCUGACAUGUCUGAGGAGCUCUGCCCCAGCUCGGCCGAGUGUCCAGUGCCUUUACCGUUCUUCACCCGCACCUCCAACCAGGGUACAGGUGAGGCCAGGGAUUGCUAUGUGCCUAACCCCUCCUGCAGGGAGUUCCACAAAUUUGAGUGGAUCGGCCAGCUCAUGGGUGCCGCGCUCCGUGGAAAGGACUUCCUGGUCCUGGCUCUUCCUGGGAUCGUGUGGAAGCAGCUCACGGGAGAGGCCUUCAGCUGGAGCAAAGACUUCCCGGCCGUGGACUCUGUGCUGGUGAAGCUGCUGGAGGCCAUGGAGAACAUGGACGAGGAGACAUUUGAGUUUAAGUUUGGCCAGGAGCUGACCUACACCACCCUGCUGAGCGACGGUCAGCUGGUGGAGCUGGUCCCAGGCGGCGGCAGCACCGUGGUCAAAUACGAGGACCGCAAGGAGUUCCUCCGACUGGUGCGGAAGGCCAGGCUGGAGGAGAGCCGGGAGCAGAUUGUAGCCAUGCAGGCCGGUCUGGUGAAGGUGGUGCCUCAAGCUGUCCUGGAUCUCCUGACCUGGCAGGAGCUGGAGAAGAAAGUGUGCGGUGACCCAGAGAUCACUGUAGAAGCCCUUAAACGCCUCACGCGGUAUGAGGACUUGGAGCAGACAGACACUCGAGUGCAAUACUUGUGGGAAGCCUUGACCAACUUCACUAACGAGGACCGCAGCAGAUUCCUGAGAUUUGUGACUGGGAGAAGCCGUCUUCCUGCACCCAUCUAUAUUUUUCCAGAUAAACAAGGAUCUGAGACAACAGAUGCACUUCCACAAUCGUCCACCUGCUCGAGCACCCUCUAUCUACCAAACUAUCCCAGUGCGAAAGUGUGUGAGGAGAAGCUGCGGUAUGCUGCAUAUAACUGCGUGGCGAUCGACACAGACAUGAGUCCCUGGGAAGAGUGAUACAGCGCAUACCCUCCCUCCACCCUGCAACAGUCCUGCUCACCUUGAUUUUAUAUACACUAGCUGUUGCUAACACUGUUCAUAUCACCAUAUCUACCCAAAUGCCAUUCACAGCUGUACAUAAUAAACAGAAAAUUGUGAAAAA